AUGCACCCGGACGAACCGGAGGGUAUGGACGAACCAGACGAGAGUGGUGGCCGUGCUGAGGUGGAUCCCUCACGUGAGCAGCUGACCUGUUGUAAAACUCAUUGUACGGUGGAAGAGGAGGAGGAUUGUUGGGAACGUGUGGUGGUGGUGGUGGAGUGUAAGGUGGUCUACUGUUGUUAUGGUGAGGAGGAGGAUAGGUUGGGGUUUGUGGGUAGGGGCGAUUUGGGUAAGAAUGGUAACGCGGGCCAUGCCCAGCGGGAUGAUGAGGUGGCAUGUGAUGUGGCGGAUGGUGACUGGACUGUAAGCUGUUGA